AUGUCUGACACAGAUGAAUCGCCAGCUCAACGGGCUGCUCGUCUUCGACGAGAGCGACGAGAAGCAAAAAUUAAAGCUGGCGGAUCAGCUAGAUUGGAGAAGAUCACAAGUUUGAGUGGACGACCAGCCACGAGCAUGAAAGAUGAAUCUUCUCCCUCUAUUAGUCCUUUCAAUUCGACUCCCGAACCACAGCUCCCGGAGCCGUCUCCGUCUAUUUCUCCCUUGCCCAAACCUCCCGCCGUCGCAGAUCAAUCAUCGGAGAGUGUCGAAGCUCAGGAGGCUUAUCUACGCGCCCUGCUGCGAUCUAAACAACCCAUUGACCAGCCGCAAGACCAGGAUCCGACCGCUGCGCUUCUCAAUUCCUUAAUAGGCCUCGACUCUGCAGCACCGGAUAAUAGGGGUGUGGUAGAUGCUGCUGGCGUUCCUCCUCUCGAUGUUUUAUCCCAGAACCUCACCGUAGCUUUUGGUGUUCCCCCCUCCAUCGCAACUUUCUUUACACAGCAACUGCAACCAGAGACCCCAGAGACCCAGAAGAAAAACCGAGCUUGGCAAGUCUUGCAUGCGCUUUUUGCCUGUGCCGUUGGGGUAUGGCUAGUGACCAUGUACCGAACAUCUAUUUUAACCUACGGGGCUCAUCCGCCGCCUCCAGCAACGGCUCAAAGCCCAUUUGUAAUUUUUUUGACGGCGGAACUUGUUUUGAAUGGAGCGAGACUAGUUUCAAACACUGGAAAUAGCCAGCUGAAAAGCGUACGGCCAUGGAUGCAGACAUUUUCCAGCAUCAUGCGGGAUGGCAGGAUCAUUUUAUUUGUUCUGGGGAUGUCCUCAUUAUUGCGUGGGGAGGCUUGA